AUGGCGGCGAAUUCAGCUGGAAAUGUGAAAAAAGAGCAAACAGAUACAGAUAAACAAACUUUGUUGGCGGUCCUACAGUUUCUUAAGAAACAGAAUUUAAAGGUAAUUAAUAUAAAGACGUUACUUAUAGAGUAAUUUUGCGAUAAUUGCAUGUGUUAAGAGAAUAUGUCAAUGUUGUGUUGUGUUGGCGUGAAAGUGCAUCAUCAGUGACAAAGUGUUCAUCAAGCAAUUGAUUUGAUUUAGGGAACGGAAGAAGCUUUAAGACGUGAAGUGUCUUGUACAGGUUAGAAAUUUCAAACGUUGGUAUUAAUCUUGGUGGAAAUUUUAAUAGUUGCACAACUUCCUAGAUUCAGUAGAGUGUAAGAUAUAUGAUUAAAUAAAAAGUAUUGUUAUAUAGUUAGUGUCAAAGUUCAAUUUUUCUGUUUGCCGAUUGGUCAAAACUGUGUCAUGUGCUGGUCCACAAAAUGUCAUGUUCGGCAAUCAGUCUGCAAUCGAACCUCAUUCAAUAAUUGUUAAAUAUUCAAUAAUGGUACUCCAUUUUAGGCAUUGAAGAAAACAUUGUAGCAAACUCUGACAUCAGUAGUGCAUUGUCAGAAUAUAGCAGGUAAUAUAUAUUUGGUAUUAAAUAACCACACUAACUUUUCCUUGCCAACUGGGCUCUGUAGCUUUGUUGGUUAGAGCACUGCACCAGAAUCCAGGGCAGGUUCAAUUCCUGCCAGAGGACCUAGUUUGGCAUUUUUCGCAACCGCUCCUGCAUAGGUAUAAAAGUAUAUAUAUAUAUAUAUAUAUAUCAUCAUUUGGGUAACCAUCUACUCCCAUAUUCAUACCAAGUGAGGUGCCAACAAAAUCUUUCAAGUUUACCACCAGUUACUAUAAUUGUUUAACCCAUUGAGUCGCAUUGCGCUCUGCUUUAUUAUUUUACUCUGUCUAAUGCCAGAUGAUUUUACUGCCCAUGUGUCUAGUUAACCCAUACAGUCGCAUUGCGCCCUUCUUUAUUAUUUUAUUCUGUGACUCUGUCUAACGCCAGACGAUUUUACUUGUCAAGGGGAGAACACUGGCACUUAGUAACUCAUUAAGCUGCAGAGCAUCCCCAUGGACAAGUAAAAUCGUCUGGCGUUAGACAAGUAAAAAAAAUGUAGUCGGCACUGGGGCACAUUGUGGCUCAUUGGCUUAAUGAAUAAUUCAUUGUCGUGUUUGUGUUCAAAUGAGGCCGACAACUAAGUACUUUGUAUAUCAUCUAUAUUAAAAGGCAUCUAGUUAAAAAGUUUAAGAGCAAGAUUUAGAUAAUAAAUGAUUGUUUUAAAUAUUUCAGUGAAGGAGAUCCUACCAAGUAUGAACACUACUACACAGGGUACAAUGUUAAUAUUGUGAACUUUGAAUUAUUGCAAUUAAUUUGUUUGUAAAGUCAUUAAGUAAUAUCAUCGUAUUUUCUUAGCAUCCAGGAAUACAUUGAAAAAUCUCUGGAUGUAUACAAGGUGAACUGUUAUAAUCAAAAUUUCCUUAAAAUACACCCUUCUGGGAAGUACUUGGCCAUGGCUUGGGUUUAGAGUCCUUUAUCUUGUUGCAGAUGGACAUAUUUACAAAAUCAUAUGUAUUAGAGACCUUUAUAUAACUAGGUCAUCAGCAACUCACAACAUAAAGGGUGGUAAAGCUAAUAACUCAAUUCUUAAAACGAGGCUCUAUAGCCAAGGCUAAGUAUGUUCCGGAAGCGUCUAUUCUCUUUUUGAAAUUUCUCAUGAAUAUGGAAUUUUUUACCAAUAAUUGUGCAUGAAUUUCAGCCGGAACUUGGCACAAUCCUGUACCCAUUGUUUGUUCACAUGUACUUGGAUUUGAUUUAUCAAGGCCAUGAAAAACAAGGUAUUAAUAGCUUUCUUUUUCUACAUAUACUUUUUGUCUUCACUUUUUUAUACUUGAUCCUCGUUGGUUAAUAAGUCUAAUCUGUUUGUCUUUCUAAAAAAUGUGUUCAAGUUUAUAUACAAUUUCAUAUUUCAUGUAAAAACAUGAAUUUAAUUUUAUGAUAUAUCAUAAGAAUUUCCAUGUUUAUUUUCAUAGCCAAAUCAUUUUUAACAAAGUUUCGUGAUAGUCAGGAAGAUUACUAUCAAGAAGAUAUCUUAAAACUUGCAUCUGUGACUCACAAAGAACAUGUUGAAGUCAAUGACUUGAUGCUGACUCUUAGGUUUGUACACAAACCAAAAUGACAUGAUGUAUUUUAACCCUGUGUUAGCGCUAAUCCAACUUGAAGAAACAGCCCCAGAGGUUUAUGUGGCUUGACUUUGUUACUUUUCAGGAGUAAUAAAUUUGUGAUCAAGCUGUCUAGAGAGUCGUACCAGGCUUUGAAGAAAAAACUCCAGGUAGAAAGUUCUCCGAUUGAAAACAUAUAUCAUCAAAACAAGGACUUGUUUUUAAAACCAAUGGAGCUAUAUUCAGUGUAAAUAGAGUUUUAUUCUUUAUGUUUUAGGAAAAUCAGAGUAAUUUGGUUCUAAACCUCAUUCAACAGCAUUUGCAGUUUGAUGGUACGUAAUUGCUACAUAUAGAGUUGUUUGAGAUUCACACAUAUUUUCCGUAUUCACUGUUGAAAUUGUGUUGUUUUUACAGUGUUUGAUGGUCGUCCUCGAAGUAACGAUGCAGUGACUUCAGCAGCUGGUGCUGUUGUUGGGGAACCAACCAAUGAAGGUUUGUUUUCUAGCUUCAUGUCACUAGCUUCCUCUGCAGACAUGUCUAUGGGUUUAGGUGCCAAAUUCUUUUCCGAUCCACCCCGAUUCCCUAGAGAUACCUGCCAAGGAGGUUAUAAGGCAGGUAAACAAACAACAGUUGACAGAGACAUGGCUGUAGACGCUACCGUCAUAGUCUUAGGGGCUACAGUAGCUCCACAUUCAAAAUACGCGGUCAAAGAGAUGGUUGGUCAGUUAUUCGGUCGUUGUGGUGCUAUACGGCUAAAAACGCACAGGUUGUUGCAAGUUGAUAUCGACAGGCGUGAACAAUGUUGUGCGGCCAACUAUGAACAAGUUGUCAACCAUGUUGUUCCAAGUUGUUACAGUUGAACAGUGUUGUAACAACAUGUUGACAAUACUGUUCAUAGUGGGCCGCACAACCUUGUUCAGGCCUGUCGAUAUCAACUUGCAACAAGUUGUUGAUUUUCUCAAUUUUUACGUGUGUACUACUAACAAAGAUUCUUUGACAGCAAACAAGGGCAAAGUGUUGCAUGGUAUUGCACAAGAACCAGAUCUGGGUGUGGUCUUACCAGAAGAUGACCCAGAGGACGACGAGGAGAAAGAUAAACCUAAGGUGAGGUAGGACAUAACAAUGAAACAUGGUGGUGAUGGUAGGGGUGAUGGUGGUGGUGGGUCAUGAUGAUGGUGGUGGGUGGUGGUGGGUACUGGUGUUGGUGGGUGGUGAUGAUAGUGGUUGUGCUGGUGAUGGUAUUGGUGAUGGUGGGAAUGAGGUUGGAGGUGGUGUUGCUGGUGGUAUUGGAGGAGGUGUUGGUGAUGGUAUUGGUGGUGGUGGGAUCGAGGUUCAAGGUGGUGUUGGUGAUGGUAUUGGUGGUGGUGAGAUCGAGGUUCAAGGAGGUGUUGGUAUUGGUGGUGGUGGGAUCGAGGUUCAAGGUGGUGUUGGUGAUGGUAUUGGUGGUGGUGGAAGAUAAAUCUGCACAUGGUAUUUUCCAAUGAACAAUGAUGUGGUAACAAAUGAGUUAUAACGUGUUCCUUAAUGUUUAUUUUUUCUCAUUUGAAAUAUAGAAGAAGAAAGCUAAAAAAGAAGGCGGACAAGGUAUCCUCUAUUUCCGCAGCCAUUUCUAAAUUCGUUUUUCAUUGCUCCAGCAAGUGUAUUUUUGUUGAAUUUGUAGGGAAAAAGAAAAAAGAGUUUAAUCCCGAUGCUCCAAAACUGGACAGAGUUCCAUUUCCUGAUUUGUGAGUUGAAUCCGUUAACUAAAAAUUUCUACUCCGCUGCUUCGUGAAAAUCGUCUUGAAUAUCUCCAGUCUGUUUGUUUGCAGAAAAGAUCGCGAGAAAGUGCUGAAAGCCACAAUGCUCAAAGAGACGGCGAAGAUGUUAAACGUAGAUGGCGAAACAUUGCCCUCCGUGUGUCUGUACACAUUUCUCAACGCUCAUCAAGGGUAA